AGGGAGUGAACAUUUCCCGCCCCUUUUGAAUGCAAAGGAAGAGGAGGUUGUUUUACUGCGCGGGGUGUGAACCAACGCUGGCGGUGUUUAAUGUGCGGGGAGUGGAUGGAAGAGUUUGCGGGUCGUCCUUCAACCCGGCGGCUCAGUGACCACUGAUCGUGGAGGGAUAACUUCACUCAUGGAGGAGAUUGAGCAGUGGUUCCAUGACCUGCGCAUUGCAAAGAGAUCAACACAGAAAACUGAUGAUUUAACCUACCUGCUGGAUAUUGACUGCAUCAAAUCACCCACUGGUCAAAGUAGUAAUCUAGUUGCUGUUUCGUGUUCCAACCACUGCAUACGUGUAUACAAUAAACAGACUCUGGCUCUGGUUCAACAGUUCCAGGGCCAUUCUGCACCCAUAAGUGGAAUAAGAUUUGCACAAACCAACAGCCAGUUACUCUACUCUGCAUCGUGUGAUGGGACACUGAAGUGCUGGGAUGUGCGUUCGUCCAGCACCGAUGCAGUGCAGAUUUUUAAAGGCUAUCCUAAUAAUGCCUUUGCCAGCUUUGACAUUAGCUGUGAUGAUUUAGUAAUCUGCGCCGGAACAGAAAAGAUUAAAGAAGAUACUUACAUGGUUUUCUGGGAUGCUCGAAGUGGAACAAACACGGAUUAUCCUGGAGCUCAGGGACCUCUCGGGGUGUAUUCGGAGACCCACAACAACGACAUUACCCAAGUGCGUUUCCACCCCUCAAAUCCCAACAUGGUGGCAUCAGGCUCAAUGGAUGGGUUGGUCAACAUUUUUGACAUCAGCCAAGAAACAGAAGAUGAUGCUCUCCUUGCAACUUGCAACUCUGAUUCUUCAGUCAGUUUCAUUGGUUGGUCCGGCAAGCAGCACCAGCAGAUUUUUUGCUUGACCUAUGACGAAGGUUUCUUUCUAUGGGAUCUCGCCCAUCUCCAUAACGAUGAGCCCAUCACACUGGUUAAGAUGCAGGAUGCCAGAAAGAGCUUGAAGUUGGACAGUGGCUCCCUGGAAUACCUGAUUGGAGGAUUUUACCACAAGAAAGCCGAUCGAUUGUUUGUGUUGGGUGGCAGCCAUAUGGGGAAGCUUCACUUCUUAGACUGUGAAGCCGGUGGCCUUGCCUAUAUGUAUUCACUACGGGAAGGACACUCAGCUAUAGUUCGUGCCUUCUACUGGGAUCCUGAGGAUAAUUCUUUGUUGACGUGUGGGGAAGACUCUCAACUGGUUUUAUGGAAACCAAAUGCCAUAGAAACGACCACAGAAAAUAAGCCAACAAUGAAACUUCCUUCUGAUAUGCAGAAAAAAAUGAGAGUUCAUGGCAAAAGCGCUUACAAAAGCAAGAAAUAAGAACUGCAGAUGCACGGUUGUAUUUGGCACAGCUGAAUUCCAUGAGAUUAACGAUUUUGCUCAGAGAAAAACAAUUCUUCAUGUCAAAUAGCAAUUUAGCUAUUUUAUGGCAGCAAAUUGGCAGAUUUAAACUGCAUCCAAACAAUGUACUUUUUAUUGGAAAAAGCGCAUGAGUGCAAGACAAUGAAAAAGAUAGGGCGAGUGUUGGAAUUUCAUUUGCAUAAUUAUUCUUUUCUUUAUGAUAUUAAAAACAUAUCUUUGUACCAUAAAGCAAAUUUUAAUGGUCAAUGGUAAAAUGAUAUCUCCCUCACACAAAACUAUGCUGUCAUUAAUCAAUCCUUGUCUUUCCAAAUGCAUAGUUUAGAGAUGCAGCAUGGAAACAGGCCUUUUGGCCCACUGGGUCCAUGCCGACCAUCGAUCAUCCACUUGUUCUGUGUGAUCCCAUUUUCGCAUCCACUAUGUAUACACAAGGGUAAUUUACAGAGAUCAAUUAACCGACAAACUUGCACAUGUUAGGGAUGUGGAAGGAAACUGGAGCACAUGGUCACAGGGAGGAUGUGUAAACUCCACAUAGACAGCACCCAAGGUCAGUAUCAAAUCAGGAUCUCGGAUGUUGUGAGGCAGCAGCUUUACCAGCUAUGUCACUGUGCCGCCCAUGUAUCAGCCCUCAGAAUCUUCUCCAGUAACUUUCCUGAUGCAGAUGUUAAGCUUACUGGGCUAUAAUUCCCACGUUUUACCUUGCAGAGCUCCCACAACAUUAGACAUCCUCCAUCAUCUGGCAACUCACUCGUGGCUAACAAUGAUUUUGGUGUUCAAAAUUUCUAUGGAAAAUUGUACCAGUCUGAUAAUAUAUGUGGCAUAGGGUGUAAAUCACAAGGAGCAACUUUUUAUCUUUUCCUUCAUAUUGACAAUGAAAAUUAUUCUACUUUGGGAAAAGCUGCCCUGCCCACUCCUGGACAGAGCAGCAUUUUUCAUGAUCCAUCAGGUGGCUAAAGUAUUUUAUAACUUCACUUUUAGUCUUGAUCUAAUUACUAUUAUCAAAUGUACAACGAUGUAGUGGAAAAAAAGUUUGUGUAACAUCCUAAAUAACCAUAGGAUAUGCAAGUGCAGCAAAGAGAAAAAGAAACAAUGCAAAAUAUAGAAAGAGUGUAGAUAGAAAAAAAAGUGCAAAGGCUGGUGAGGGAGAUUGGAAAUUCAUCCUUAGUGUAAGAGAGGUCAGUUGAAGAGUCUGAUAACUGUGAAAGAAGCUGUUCUUGAAUCUAGUGAUGGUGUAUCCUCCUGUGAUAUUCUUCAGAGGAAAUAAUUUGUAUCAAUCCUACCUAAAAUUAUUGACAGUGACAUAUAGAUGGUUCAAAAUCUAUAUUACUAAAACUAAGAUCUUGACCACUUUCUGUUUCGUGAUUUCUGAAAGAACUCCGCCACUUACGGCUGUCAUUUUUGGCCACCUCGCUCAGGGUCCCCCUCCGCUGAGCUGGACCAGAGGAUUUUUCCCAUCGAUGAAACAUAAAAGAGUUAUUAAUGUUUUAAAAAUGUUGACAUUCUCUAUGCUGCCCCUGUUGGGGGGAGGGACUAUAAAACCCGGAAGUGGUGUGCCUCAGUCAGUCUCUGCAAGAUGGGAGAAGUGAGAGGGUCACGUCUCUCAGUCUGAGCUGUGAAUAACACUGAACAUGUCUACUAACCUGUGAGUGUGGUUUUACUGAUCUUGAGUGCUCUUAAUGUGAUUUGAAAAUGAAAAUAUGGUUGGUUUGAAGUAAAAUCACUGCAAAUGGUUGGUGGGGGUUUUGGGUUGAAGUAAAAAGCACUGCAAAUGGUUGUAUGGGGGUUUUGGGUUAAAGUAAAAAGCACUGCAAAUGUUUUUUUGUCUAAAUUUGACAGCUUCCUAUUUGCACGGUAUAUUGAUUUUAGAUAAAACGCUACCACUUACGGCUGUGAUUUUUGGCCAUCUUACUCAGUCCCCCUCUGCUCAUCAGGUGCAGAGGAUUCUUCCCAUCAAUGAAAAAUAAAAGUGUUAUUAGUGUUUAAAAAA